AUGGAACUAGAAAAUAUUGUAGCCAACACUGUGUAUUUAAAAGCACGAGAGAGUGAGUGUCGUGUCGGUUUUCAUGGAGAGUAGGUCUCAUAAACAGCGAGCGUUCAAGUUCGCCUAGUCGAUUGUCGCCUGUUCUCGUGUGUGCGUUUGCGAGCUCUCGCAUUUUCGAGCUCAGAGUGUCACUAAGCAGCCUAACUUUUCGUAUAUUUGACAUUUUUUGUUGCAUCUUUCAGGUAAAACUAAAGGCAGGAGCAAGAAAUGGAGGGAACUGUUAAAGUUUCCGCAUCAUACAAUAUCUGCACAUUUGAAAAACGAGAGUAAGCUGUCUCUUGCAUUUCCUUGGAGUUCACUUUCCCUGGUGUUUUCGCUAGCUGUCCCCUUGCCUACAGUCAAUCGGAUUUGUUUGAACCGCUUUCCAGUUUGUCGGACUUACUUUCUGUAUAUUUUCAACACACAGUUCAGCUCACUUAUGACAGGACCUGUGUACAAGAGCCCAUUGGAAGGGAAUUGUUCCGACAGUUUUGCUCUGGCAGCGAGAGACUUCAGCGAGCCAUUGACUUUCUCGACGAAGUGGUAAGGAACGAGAAAGCUCACCUGGCGAUUAUCUUGUAUGCUAUGUGCGAACACUCUUCCGUAAUUUGCGGACACUAACGAUUAUACCGCGGAAGCUUCCAUAAAGAAAUCAUUGUUUUUCUUUCUUGUCUUUGAAUUAGGACGCAUUUGACAGAGCUGAAGCUAGCAAAAAGCCUGAACUGGCAAAGGAGCUGGUACGCAAGCAUCUUCCACAACAAGCAACGGUAAGCGGCGAAUAUGGAUAAAGACGGAUAUUUUCCGUUUUUGUUUGUAGGACAAUUUUUUCCCCCGAUCCAGCUGAGUCUAAUCGUUAAUAGAGCCAAAAUCGUCUGCCAAAACCAGUCUGGAAUUGUUUGUGUACAUCGUACUCGAAUACACACUCGAUAAUUUAUUGCAUUUCGUAUCGUCGAAAUAAUUCUUCUCUGCAGAGCGAAAGCGAAAGGAACGGAAUUCGAAGGUUUUUUUUUUGCCGGUUUACUUACACUUUUCAUACGUUAAUGAAGAGCGUCAUAUAUAAUUUAAAGAUCCGAAUACUAGUCAAAUUAAAAUUGUUCUCACGUUUUGAUGGCAUCCGCUACACUUGCGAUUGGUUUAUCUCUCUACCUGUCCAACACAACCUGAAAUUUAUUACGGUCUCGUUCUCCAUAAUUGAAACCUUACUAGGGUGGCACGGUUCUCGAGUAUACCUUGGUCCCAAUGUAUAAUUUUCCAAGACCCGUCUGUGAUACAAUGAUUCUACUACAAAGGGAAGGCCGAGCUAAUGAUUAGUGUAAUAACCCCAAAGCGAUUUGGAAUGCCACGCACAGUAGAUUAACGCCCGUACUUAUGUUGUAUUUCAUUUCAAUUUUUUGUGUUUGCUUCCUUAAAUACUACUUUUCCUUGCUUCUUUAUGAUACGAUAUUGGUUAGCAAGAUCCUCAGACUUUGUGAAACGCGUCAUAAAUUUUCACUCGCUUGUUGUAACAUAGUCAUCGCUUUAGCAUGUAUACGUUUCCCAGCUAAUAUUAAUAACCUGAUCAAGUGUUUAACUCGAGCUAUUUCGAAACGCUUUUUUCCCAAGACAUAUCGCGUUGUACACCAGUUUACUAACUUCCUAAAUACGGCUUGUUUAUUCAUUCACUAGGAAAUAACAGUUCUCUUUGUUCCAAUAAAAUCGUGCCAAUUAUACAGAGUCCUAGUAUAACAGUGUUCUGAGUUAUAUAAUUCGGUCAGCCAGCAUGUCAGUUCUCGCUAAGAUCAGAUUUUUGGUUCUUGCAGCUGCUCGCUUUAAGAUCACACGCCCGUAAGUCAUUCUAGAUAAAUAGUUUAUUGUAAGAACUACAGGUUGUCCCUAUCAAUAAAUAAAUGUUUGGACAAUUAUACUGAAAGCAGAGAUAAAUCUGACAGAAAGUCACGUUUUGUAGGUUCCACUACUCCUUUCUCCUCACAUCGCGAAAUGAAAUAGAAAGUGAACUUAUUGUGAUCUGUGAUUUACAGUGUUACUGGAUUUAACUCAUAAGCAGUACUAUUUCACGAUAGUUACAAGUUAAAUUAUUCACAUCCGAACAAUAACACAAUUUGUCACAAUGUAUCUUUUGACUUUACAGCCAUCAUUCGAAUAUUUGUGUCGUUUGUUUUGUUUUAGGAGGUGACCUACCCUUCUUUCUUAUUUUCAAUUAGAAUAUCAUAUUUUCUCGAACGAAAGCUAAGAGAAUCAGGGCACUUCAUGGUGACCAAAAAAUGUCAUGAAGGAUAGAUUAAGAUGAUGUCCUAGAUUUGAUGUUUUCAGACAACUACCAAAGUGAUAGUGGUAUUUGAAAAUGAUUUUAGUGAUAGAUAUUCCAAACUCAGAUUCAGUCCAUGAAAUUGUUAUCCUUUGAAGGUUUGAUUAUUAGGUUUCAAUAUAUUAAAGAAAGUUGAGAUCUUCCUGUUAUAAUUCUCAACAUCUUGAACAAAAAAGUGAUCUUGAAUUUGCAAUUAAUUAUACAUGCGUAUAGCCUCCGACUGCAUAAGUAUUUCUGGUGAUUGCUAACAUGCAAACUAAAUCAAUUCAGAAAAAAAUCAUCAAAUACAAUGUAAAAAGUAAAUAUCCUGAAGAAUACUCGACUGUCAAUAAAGGAGAAAGUGAAAAACCUUUAGUGAGUAAAUCAUGUUUCAUGUAGAAUUAAUCGCCUUGUCAUUUCUUAUCUAAUCUCCAAGCAAGCUAGACUUAAUGCUGAUAUUAAGAGUGUUCUUGUUACAUUUAAGCCAGAAUCUAGGAUCAAUGUAAUAAUUUAUUAAGAACAUGAACAAGAUAGUAUAAAUUGUUAUGUUUCCAAAUAAAUUUUUGUGUUUGUUUGGUAGCGGCAAUAGAUUAUUUCUCUUACGAUUUGCUUGAUUUACUAAUUAUCUGGUUAACCAGGUUCAAAUCCCAAGAGUGAGCAACAUAAACUUUCUCCUAACAAUAUCACUACAUAAUUAAAAGAAAAGGUUAUAAGAACAAAAAGAAUUACCUAAGGGACAAUGUUUUGAUCUUUGAACAAAUUCUCUCAACUAAUUCUGUAAUUCUUUUUGUCUGAUUUUAAGUGACAGUAGCAAUAACAUAAGGCCUGUUUAUGUACACAAACUGAAACAAUAAAAUUAGCAAAAAAAACCACUUAAAACUAAAGUAUCAUAAAUUUCAAGCCCAGCCUCGCAGUUCUCUUACUGACAUGAUCAAACUGUUUAAAAGCAAAUCUAGCUUGUUACAAGUGUAUUUAUAACCACAAUAUUGAUUGAGUUUUCAAGUAGCCAUAGCUUAGGAAUUUUCCUCAGUAGUGUGUUAUUUCAGAUACAGACGGACACCCACCUAAUACAGACACCUCAUUAUUAUGGACAGUUUGUUUUUUCCUGGGGAAAGAAAGCCCUUACUUUUUUUACAAGUUCAACCCCCUUAAUACGGGUCACACUUUCUAUGGCCCCCCCGUGUCCAUAUUAACAGGGUCUGACUUUAUAUAGUAGUGUUUACAAUCUGCUGUUUGGCUAAUGGGUAGACUUGUACUGUACACAUGUACCAUCACGUAUAACACCUUCGUUAUGUCAAGCUUUAUUGGGCAAGAUCAAAUCAAAAAAAUAAAAUAGAAAAAAAAAAUUGAAAAUAUACAAACAUAAAGAAUUAAAGCCCAAAAGGGAUGGGCACAAACGGGACACCAAGACCCAUGCAGGGUGCCUACCGUAGGAAAAUUUAAGGAUUUAAAAUAUAUACAAAAAGUAAAAUCUAGUUGAAGUAAGAGGAAAGUCUAAUUGUAGAAAAAUCUAAUUGUACAAAAUUGUCGUCUAACUGUAGAGAAAUCUAAAAUUAUUAAAAAUAAAUAAAUAAAUAAAAAAUAAUAAAGUAUAUACAUAGAGGAUAUUACAUGGUGGCGUGAAGAUAUGAAUUUUAUUUUCGAGUGGCAAAACAAUAUUUUACGAACAAGCACAGCAGGUGAGUAAAAUAUUGUGUUUGCCACGAGAAAAUAAAAUUCAUAUCUUCAAGCCGCCAUGUAAUGUUCUUUUUAUUAUAUAGACAAAAAGACAUCGAUAAAAUAAUAGAGGGAAAUUACCGAAAUUAGGUCAUCGAUAAACUCACCUGUGAGAUUAUGGAAAGUAAACCACUCAGGUCCCGGAUGUAGUUUUUAUGAAUUUUGCGAGUGGUAUAUUUUCCAGUAAAACAUUCAUGUCUAUAUAAUAAAUAUAUAUGUAUCAUUUCACCUGAUAUAAGCUGUUUCCAGUUGUGGCCAUUAAUGACAGGUCCACUGACUGCAGUGGUAUUGUCAUGGCAGAAAGAUUCAGUUAGAAGGAACUAUUUUAACAGCACCUGUUCCUACUGCAUGAAAUAAGAACUUCCAAGUUCCGCUGAUCGGUUUUUUAAAGUUUACCCUUGGAUUUUGUUGUGUGGAGCUUAACACUCUCACCUAUAGGAAACCUGAUCCUUUAAUACCUAUUUUUUGUUUGACCAGCACGAUAAUGCUGAAAUUGACAAUAACUACAGAGUGGCUGGGGUUAUGGAUGAUACAGCACAGAAGACAAUCAGUACAGUUUCUACUGCUGCUGAUGAUGAUUUUUCAAUGGAAUUUUUCAAAGAUGCUGUCAGGUAUGUUAAAAUUGUUUUCUUGAGAUGUUGCUUUGAUCUUAUUACGCUAAAAACCUGCGUAUAAGAACCUCCUCUUUUUCAAGUCUGGCAAAAAUAAUUAUUUAGUUGCUAUGAAGGAAAUGAUAUUAUUGAUUGAUUGUUGAUUACCAGAAACAUAAAUAAACUUGGGUUUGGUCUUUAAAUAUACAGUAUUUAUUCAAAUUAAACCAUAUUGUCAUAAUCCUAACAAUAUCAAAGUUACACUCCUAGCUUAAAUUAUUGUUUGUCAUAAUUUAACUGUAACCCACAUAAGAACCUGCUUGAUCAGGUUCUUGUAUUUUGGGGUAAUAAAGUCGCAAAUUUCUGCCAGGAGGUUCUUAAUCCACUAGGUUCCUCUGUGCGGGUUUUUUUACUGUAUUUAUCUGAACUCAAACAAUCAGUGUAUGUUCCUUUGUUGAAGUUAAAUUUCAUAGUUUGUUUAUGUAGCCAGCAGUUUUAGCAGUUUUCAAAGUGUUUAACCAAGGAAUAUGUGGUCAACACAUUGUUCUCAAACAAGGAUGCCUUAAGGGUGGUUGGUUUUAAAUUCUGUUUAUUUUGUUCACUUCUUUCCACAAUGUUCACCCUGCAAAAUGCAUUAAUCUCCUGCUUCAUCUAUGCACAAAUUUGGCAGUUUCAAAUUUAUGUAAAAGUUUGGCACACACAGAAUAUAGUCCAUUAUUCCAUUAGUUGUGCAUAGCAUCUUGACUUGGAUAAAAAAUUUCAAAGCCUUAUCCUCGAUUCCAUGCUUACAACCUUUCCCUCUAUUAUGGGAAAAUUAAAUUCAAUUAUGGCAGACAUUUUCUUUCCAAACAGAUUAUGUAGUGUAUUUCUGCAUGUUGUGAUACAUUAUUUUGCUUGUCUGUUGUAGGGAGGUCAAUGAUUUCUUGGGGGAGAGGCCAUUUGAAGACUACCAACAAACAAUGUACUUUGCUAGAUAUCUACAGUGGAAGUGGCUUGAAAGGUACAUAUUUGCCUUUGUUUUGCAAGCAUUAAUUAGCAAAAGUGAUAAUGGAGUGUUAAUGAUUUAAUGAAGUUAGUCAUAAAUAGAGCAAGAAAAUAAUAAUUACAUUCUGAAUAUCUUUUUGAGCAGUGUCACCCAAUAAGCGAAGCAUUUCUCUCAAUGGUGACAUUGACGUAAGUUUAAGGUGUCACCCUUAUUCUUUUUUUCGCUUUUGUCUGACUCUCGCUGAAAUUAAUUUAAGCUGUGAUGCUAGCUGCAAUUUUAUGGCAUUUUCCAGUCUUCAUGCAGUGGUUCCAUAUUAGGGUGCAUGUGAUAAAAAAUCACCUUAGCUCUGUGUUUUUUGUAACUCAGUCUUACACCAAAAAUGCCCAUGAUAUCCCUGACAGUUAAGAAAUUAUGCAAAAGGCCCUGAGCAAAUAGCGUAGAUGUCAUUUAUAAUAAUUUUUGCUUAUUGUCGAUGGGAGUGAAAACUGGAUCCUUGGUCUAGUAUCAAAAGACUUGGUUAAAACAUUUAGUGAAGAACUUCAGGCAGUUACUAUUUUUAUUUUGCAAAAAGUUGGAGGGGGGGUGCCAAGCCCCCCUUAGCCUCUCCCCCUCUGCACCUUUGCCUUACAAAAAUUAAGACGUCCAAGGUGUUCACUCCAUGUCGGUCAAACUUGUACCAUACAGGCUUAAUAUUCAACCUUGAUUUUGGUCUUCACAUUUUUGGAUGGCUAGGUGUCUAAAUUUUCAUUUUGUUAUAGUGGUUCUGUGUAAACAGAACAACUAAAGACACAAAUUGACAGCUGAUUGAUAAUUUGUCCAGUAGCAUGUGAAUUAAUUUUAGCCUUAGUAAGAAACCCAAGGACAAUGGAACCCUGAUUAUAACAAAGUGUCCAGGGACUGAGAAACAUGCUCAUUAUAUGGCAGUAGAAUAAAUCAUGGUCCUACUUCAUGCAUGUAUACCAGGGUGUUGGUUAUAUAAGGGUUUGUUGUAUCAGGGUUUUACUGUGACCCUUAAAGAGUUAGGCCAUUAGUUUUAGGCUACUCAAGACUCAACCUGUUUAUUCAGUAGUGUAGCAUUGACCUACAGUAAACUGAAAUAAAAACUUUAAUCAGGAUGUAUCAUUCUUUAUCAGACAACCAGUAACAAAAAAGACGUUCCGCCACUAUAGAGUGUUAGGAAAAGGUGGAUUUGGAGAGGUAAGAUUGUUUUAAUGCAGUUUUAAUUGGUUUUUAAAAGAUUUUUUGAAAAGCAUUGAGCCUGAGCCUAAGGUCUGAGUCAGCUAUUCAGGCUUUUUAAAUUUCUCUCAUUCUUUGAAAUCAUUUGAUUCUUCUACACAAAUAUUAAAGUCAUUUUUGAAAUCUAAGGGUCCAUUUUAGACCUAAAAAGAUAGGAUGAAAAAUUUGCCCUAAAAUUGCAUUAAACCUAAAACAGCUAGUUAAGAUGAAAAACCCCAUUUCAACUCCCAUGUAAAGUGCCUCACCAGAGCCAUCUUAAAAAAACUGGGGCACUAAAACUCAUAGGGGUAGACAAGUCAAACGGACUAUAAGUAGUUUUAAUGGUCACCCAACACUAAAGCAUUCUGUUUGUCUGAAUAAAUAAAAAACAUGAUAUCAAAUGAGUCAAAGUUUUAAUUUUGUUGCCUUUACUUUCAUUGGUCCCACGCACGUCCCACUAACUCCCAUGCUAACUCUGUAUUUUGGAUCAGGUACAUUCCUCAUGUAACAGAUUUGGAGACUUUCUCAGGUUCUUCGUACGAGGUGUUUUUUGUAACUUUGUCCCCUUUGUUUUUAAGGGCCCCUGAAGAGGGGGGGCCCUGGGACACCUAAAAAAAUGAAAUCUCAUUUUUUAUAUUCCUGUAAGCUGAUUUGAAUCUUGUAUUUUUAAUAAAUUUACUUCAUAAAUCUCAUUUGCCCCUGAAUCUUGUAUUAUAAUAAAUUUAUAUCAUUUUUAAAUGUUGGUUUUUUUUUUUUUUUUUCACAGACACAUCCUGUUACACUUCAAAAAACCACUUUAAUUUUAUGCCUGUGACUAAAUAACAAUGAUGUCAGAACAACAGUAUAGCCAAACACAAACAAACAUUGCAUUCCCAAUGUUUAUUUGUAGCUGCGCAAGCUCCCUUAAGUGUCCAUAUAACCCUUACAACUUUAGUGGAGGCAUGUAAGCAUCCAGCUCAAGUGACCUUUUUCUAUCUAUGUAUCUAUGCUAACACAUAAAGUGUUUAUGAAUUCAUGUCUUCCUGGGAAAUUACUGCAAUUCAAAUUAGUGCAAAGUUGUUCUCAGGAGCCAGAAUGUUUUUUUUUCAGCUUUGGGCAACUUUUUACCUGUCAUCAUUUUUGUCAGUGACUUAACACUCAAUCUUUAACUCAACAUUUUGUUUUAAAGGUCUGUGCAUGUCAGAGUAAAAUUAGUGGUAAAAUGUAUGCGAUGAAAAAACUGGAAAAGAAACGGAUAAAGAGACGGAAAGGAGAAGCAAUGGCAUUAAAUGAGAAGCAGCUGUUAGAAAAAAUUGACAGCAGAUUUGUGGUAGGUACAGGUAAUAGAGAUUUAGAGGACAAUUUUCUGUUUUUUAACCCUGUGAGCAAAGGUUUCUCUCUUGCAUGGCGUGAAUGAGGUGGUUUGCAUGGCUUGUCACUGGCUUAGUUGGUUUGUUUUACACCCCUCAGGCGAAGCCUCUGCAGUAAGCCACUUGUGGUUUCUGUUGAGCAUGUGCCAGAUCAUUAAUUUGUUAUUAUAGAGAUAAUGACGUAAAUUUUAUCACCUGAUUUAGGGAGACAAGCCAUGCAAACGACUUCGUAGAUGCUAAAAACCAAACCGAAUGGUGCUGUAAACCAUUCAGAACUUGAGUGAACUAUUGUAUUAUCAUUGGAUUAAAAUAUUAACUUCCCCUUGUUUUAUACUUGAAACUCAGUAUUGUGCAUUAUUAUACACAGAAACAAAGGAAAAUAGAUUUGAACCAAGGAUCAAAAAUCAGCAAGAGCGCAUAUGCAACAGUGCGAGUGUGCCAGGUGUGGGAGCUGCAAAGUUGUGAGUGACGAGUUGUGUGGGUGCCUGCGCAAUUGAAAAGAGACAAGAGCUGUCAAUCCAUCCAUAGGGCCCAAAAAAUUUGCACACCUUGCACACUUGCAUCAUCUCACAUACACUCUCACAGAUUUUAGAGCAAAAGAGAGACUGCUCACAGUCUAUUUUAGUCAGUGACAUAGGCAGCUCGGAAGAAAAAUGCACCAUCACAUCUGUCAUUAUUUUCAUGUUUGUCACAUGAACAUAGUUUAGUGCCCUUAGCUCCCACGAGUCUCCUUUAGCUCAGUGUCCUAGUAACCAGGUCAUAGGCUCAACUCCCGUUGGGAGUACUUGGAUUGUUCUCCUGAGCUGCCUGUGUCACAGAGAAAACAUCUCUCUCAUGUAUAGCCAAAUAACUGUAUACAGCUAGCAUUAUUGGCAUAUAAGAGUCUAAGCAACUGCUCAUGAAACAAAGGAUUCUGUGGAUCAUACAAACAUUGAAUUUUGAAAAACAUUUUUGGCGAAAAAAGUGCGUAUUAUACACUGGUACAUAUGGUAAAUUGUCCGCUCUUUUCAGUAACUGAUAUGAAAUCAUGGUCUUUUUAGGGAAUGGACUUUUUAUUUGAAUGUCUUUUUCUUUGUAGGUCAGUUUAGCAUAUGCAUAUGAAACCAAGGAUGCACUCUGUAUGGUGUUAACACUAAUGAAUGGUGGAGAUCUUAAGUUCCAUAUUCAUAACAUGGGUAAUCCUGGUUUUGAAGAAGAAAGAGCAGUAUUUUAUGCAGCAGAAGUCAUGUUAGGAUUAAUUCAUUUACACUCCAAGAGAAUAGUUUACAGGUAUACCAUUAUUGCCAAAAAACGAUACCCUUUUAUUUAACUGAUCUCUCAAUUCCGCUGUCUUACGGGGUUCGUACAGGUCACAAAAAACCUGGAAAGACAUGAAAUUUAAGAAUUUCAUUUUAGAGGCCUUGAAAGUCAUGGAAUUGAAUUGUUGGUCCUUGAAAGUCAUGGAAAAUUAAAGUUUUGUUUGGUAGUUUAGUUACUGCAGAUGACAAAGCAAGGUCAAUGAAAGAUUGAGAUGAGUAUUAUUACACGGUAAUAUUAAACAGGGUUAAUGGCAUGUAUUUUGGUGGACACCAGAGUUCAUGUCUGCUGAACUGUUUUAUGUCAAAGAAAUGCCCUAAAAUGAGGAAAGUUUUGGAAAAUUUUAAAAGUAACAGCAAACCUAAGGUCAUGGAAAAAGUCAAGAAAAGUCAUGGAAUUUGAAGAGCUCAUAAGAGUACGAACCAUGAUCUUAUCAGGUGGACAAACAGGCAAGAAUAUCUCAAUGAUAACAGUUAAUUGCGUACGCACAUUUUUUUGCAACUGGAAAGUGUAGAUCACUAAUGAACGUUUCUUUGAUAGCCAAGAAUAAUUAGCAGUGCAAGAAUAAUCCCAAUUAACAAAAAUGAUGUUGAUGAUUUUUCAUUCAAUUUCCUUGCAGAGAUAUGAAACCAGAAAAUCUUCUUUUAGAUGACUAUGGUCAUGUUCGAAUCUCAGAUCUUGGUUUAGCUGUUCAAAUAAAAAAUGGCGAGACAAUACGAGGGAGAGUAGGAACAAUAGGCUAUAUGGGUAUGUGGAGUAAAUUUCCUGUCAGCUAGAUCUGGUGUAAUGAAAUGAUACAUGAUUCAUUGAUAGCUUCUGCUCACUUUAUAUUUUAGCCCCUGAAGUUGUCAAAAACGAACGUUAUACAUUUUCACCGGACUGGUGGGGUCUAGGCUGUCUUAUAUUUGAGAUGAUUCAAGGAAAAGUAAGUUAAUUACUUAAUUUUUUUUUUAAGAGAAACAAAAGAAAUCCGCAGCUGUUUGAUUCCUGCCUGCUUGUUGUACAUGUAUUUAUCCAGCAACUUGAAGUCUAAGCCAGGUGCUUUCCAUUUGUCAGAACUGGCUAGCCAGACCAGUUCAGUUGUGUAGAGAAUUCCAAAUCACGACUGUCUAGCCAGAUCAGUCAAUACCUAAAUGGCAUGUUAUUUUUGUACAGCAGUGAUAGGCUUUCACAAAAAUUUCAACAAAAGACAGAUGUUUCAUUCAAAAUGACCAUUCUGACUGGUCAGCUCUGUCUUUUGUUGAGUUCCCUUAGUGACAGCCCUGUAUGUGAACUUCUAACUGUGAUCCAUUGUUCUGUUUUGCAGUCUCCAUUUCGAGCAAGAAAAGAAAAGGUAAAGAGAGACGAGGUGGAACGGAGGGUCAAAGAGGAUCAGGAAGUAUACACAGACAAAUUCAGUUCUGCGGCAAGGUUAAUAUGUGGUCAGGUGAGUACUGGUCUCUUGCAGUCUCUUACCAAAGGACUAGAGAACUGAGAAUUUGACUGAUAAUUUGACUAACAAUAGAUGACUCUGACAAUAGACAGAUCAAAAUGCACCAAUUACAUUACUAGUCUUCAUAGCCAAAAACAUCACAGCUCAACUGACAGAUGACCAAUAACAUCCCUACGUAAUUGACCAUUCAGGUCAAUAACCAGAGUAUAAUACCAUUAACUGACGUGAUACAACUCAAAUCUGAAGAUGACUACUACACAGGUUUUCGAAAAUGUCAGUCACUGUCAACAGCAACAGUCCUAUUCAGAACUCCUUUCACCUGGAAGAUCAAAAGCAAGUUACUUUUGAAGUUACUCCUGUUUUCAAACCUAUUCUAAAGUCCUAUAGAAUUUCUUUAGUAUUUUGAGGGCAGAGUAGUUAAGGAUUGUGGUUGUUGAAAAUCCAGAAAAUCAGUUACCAUAAAAAGUCGUGGCACUUGUGGAUAAGCUGCGCCCCAAUUUUCAAUCUUUAUUUUCUGAGAAAUAAAACUCAAAAAAGUACUGAAGUUUGCUAGUUAAUCUUUAUUGUGGUAUGUUUAGUCCUAUUAACUUCUGAACCUGAUUUCAAGCAUACAGUAUUGCAAAUCAGUCAUCUCUAGAAACACAUGUAUGGCCAGUUCUAGCCUACAGUAUGUCCAGGAUUGAACUCUGUUAGGAAAUUUACAAAAGCCACAAAAUUUGACAAGAGUGCUACAAAAAUUGUGAAGGUAAUGAAAAUAACGAAAUUUUGCAUAGCCAUUAACAAAAAGUGAUGAGGAAAUGUAACUUGUGAGGCCAAGAAAGGUCCUAAACGAAACAACAAAAAUAACAAAAAUUGCCAAAAUAAUUAAAAUUAGGGCAAAGCCAUUAAUGAAAAGUGGCAAGGAAAUGUAAAUUUUGUAGUUUUCGCAAGGUCAUAGUGAAAAUAAUAAUAAUAAUAAUAAUAAUAAUAAUAAUAAUAAUAGCAGUAGUAAUAGCUAUGAAACAUUGGAUCUCACAGGUCUGAAUGGUUGUCAACAAGUGUGAGAAACAGGCUGGCCUCAAAGGAUUUUAACAUUUCUGUGAUGACUGCAGCCUAUAGUUUAUUUACCCACAGGCUGCAUCUUUUUUUCAGGCCCUUCAAAAGGAGGUGUCUAACAGACUAGGAUACAAUGAUGUGGGUGGAGAGGAAGCUAAGAAACAUAUUUUCUUUAGGAACAUUAACUGGCCUCAGUUGGAAGCAGGAAUGUUCAAACCUCCAUUUGUACCUGAUGUGAGUUCUUAGGGGUUGUUUGAUUGAUAGAGAGUUUAAGCAGUGACAUUUUUGAGUGAUGCACAUCACCAGAAGUGAGCACUCUUCUCUUUUAUUGUGCCUUGACGGGCUACCAAAUUUGUAUGGUUAAGUGUCUUAAGCCUCAUUUACACGGCCGAAAAUUUUUGGCACGGCUCAGAUGAAAAAAGUACGCGUACCAAAAAAAUUGGUUCGGCACGGAUAGAUUUAGUCGUGUAAACGACUUUGCCCCAUCCCUGCCGGAACAAAAUUUCACCCGUGCUCGGACCAUGUCGAGAGGUAGUCCGAGCACGGAUAAAACUGGUACGCGAUCCUGAAAAUCUAGCCCAGCUCGGAUAAAGUGUGCAGUGUAAAAGAUUAGCCGUGCCAAGCUUUUUUCGUUAGUUCAAUAUAAACCAAAAGUUCAAUUAACAUGACAGUGGUUUAAUGACCACACGUUAGUUCAAUGAUAAGCAUGGACAACAUGCAGCUGCGUCUUAGAAUUUUUUUUAAUAUAAAUGUGUAGCAUUAACUAAGUGGUAAAUACUUUUUCGUUAGUUCAGUGUGUUCAAUAACCACAAUAAUUCAAUAACGCCACCAGUUUCGAUGACCACCCAUUUGUUCCUUUACAUGCAGCUAAAAGAACUUUUCGCCUGCCAUGUUUUUACAGAGGAAGCAGCAUGCGCAUUUCCAGCCGCAGCUGGCCGAGAUGCUGAGCCUUUUCCAAAAUCAAAUCAUAAUUUCACAUCGACGGUGAACAAAAUGAGAAAUCAGUCCACUUUCAUCAAGCCGUUUUAGCUGUUUAGUUUACUUUUUAUAAAGAUGAUUUUGGUUCAAAAUCACAGGGCCACUUUGUUAUUUACAACCUUGAGCUUUAUUCAACUUGAUCUACAUGACGUGUAUAUAUCAAGUAUUUAUUUUGAGUCCAGGCUGAAUAUUUUUCUUCCCCUUGAUUAUUUGGGAUGGUCCUUUACAUAAUUAUUUGCAUCAGAUUGUGUGAAAAGGUGUUUUUCAACACUACUGGUCACAAAAAUCCCAUUUCACUACGCUGUAAAGUGCACUGUGGGUAGUCUUCAAUUAAUAAAAAUAAACUGUAUGCUUACCUGAUUUGUUACGUCUAAUAUAAUGUUAUACAUGAUAUUUGUUUUAAUUAAAGAAAUGCUUUAUCCCCAGCCUAGAGCCGUCUACUGUAAAGAUGUAUUAGACAUUGAACAGUUCUCUUCUGUGAAGGGCGUGCGUUUGGAUGAAAGCGAUGAUGAUUUUUAUAGGAGAUUUGCUAGUGGAUCAGUCUCAAUCCCUUGGCAAUCAGAGGUAGUUCUUUAUCUGUUUGUUGAGCUGUUAGGAGUAUUAUUCAGAUGUAUUCUGUCAUGUACUGGUAUCUCUCCUUUGGGAUGAACCAAAAACUGAAUAACAUUUUUUUUCCCUCUGUGUCACAUUAUCACACUUUAUAAAAACCAAGUGGUCAGCGACUAAUAGUAAAGCAAUAUUUUCAAAUCAUUUUAUACCCUAAGUUAGCACUGUUUGAAUAAAUUAUCCAACUGAUCGAGAAACGCAGACUAUUAAUGUGAGUUUUGUUCUUACCUCAAAUUAUCCCUAUACUAUUUAAAGGGAAAUACAGUAUUGUUAACUCACAUGGAGCUAAGUAUAACUAUGUGAAAUUUCUUCUUAUUUUGUUUUUUCUUUGUAUCUCACUUUUUCGAUUUGCUUUCUACAGAGCAAGGUAGACUAAUGAAAACAAAGGAGCAGCUAUAUUGAACAAGUUCCUAUACAGUGUAAAUUACAAUUUUGACAAAAUACUUCCUGAACACGAGCAGUGUCAACAACAUGAAACACACUGAAUGGCCAGACUUAAACAGAGUUCAAGCUGUAAUAUUCCAUUUAAGACUCCACUGUGAAGCUAUUUCAAAGCCUCCAUUAGUCUCAUAAAAAAGACUGUUAGCCUAAAUUUUGAAAAAAAAGUUGUCAAAAUUUGUUAUGCUAUGUUUUUGCAGAUGAUUGAGAUGGAAUGCUUUGCAGAACUGAACGUAUUUGGCCCAAAUGGUACUCCAACCCUUGAUCUUGUUGGGGACACUCCGCCCGAGCCUCCAAAAAAGAGGGGAAUGGCUUGCUGUUCAGGAUCAGUGAGUUUAUCAUGUUUUAAUUUUUAA